AUGCAGCCAAAAAACGAAGCUGAAAAUCGACCACAUGCUCAUCCCAUCCCACCAAGCAGUGUUUAUUCAGAACCGUGGUGGUGCAGUGCUGGGCAUAAUCCCAUCUCCCCAACGGGGACAGGGAGGAAUGCAUCCAACUCAUCUUUGUUAGAAUGCCCAAAUGGUGGGUCAGAGUCUAAUGAUGGUCAAUCUUUGUCCAAUGAUGAGACAAAUGAAGAUGAUGAUGAUGCUACCAAAGAUUCACAUAUUACAUCUCCAAGAUCAGCUGGAAAUUAUGGGCAAGAUCACCGCAAUGUAAAGCACGCUGGAUCGGGUGUACCUACAGUGCGCGAUGAUUGCCUUGCACAACCACCACAGCUUGAACUUGUGGGUCACUCGAUUGCUUGUGCUUCAAAUCCUUAUCAGGAUCCUUAUUAUGGUGGAAUGAUGGCAGCUUAUGGACAUCAGCCUUUGGGAUAUCCUCCUUUUCUUGGAAUGCCACAUGCGAGAAUGCCAUUGCCUCUUGAGAUGGCACAGGAGCCUGUGUAUGUAAAUGCAAAACAAUACCAAGGGAUUCUAAGGCGAAGACAGGCACGUGCAAAAGCAGAACUAGAAAGGAAGCUAAUAAAAGUCAGGAAGCCAUAUCUUCAUGAAUCACGGCAUCAACAUGCUAUGAGAAGGGCGAGAGGUACUGGAGGACGUUUUGCAAAGAAAACUAAUGGUGAUACUUCAAACAGCACUAGACAAGAAAAGGGCAGAGGCUCUGGUCCAGUGCACUCAUCACAAUCCGGCAGUUCAUCGGGCUCAGAACCCUUUCACUCGGAUUCUGCUGAAACAUGGAAUUCCCCCAAUAGUCAACGGGAAGCAAGAGGUUCCCAAGUGCACGAUGCGUAUUCGGCUCAUAAUUAUACAAAUGGUAGUGGCUGCUACCAGCCCCAUGGUGGUUUGCAGGCUUCAAUGUAUCCUUCAUGCUCGGGCAAGAGAGGGGAAGAAGGAGAUUGGAAAGGCCAGCAACGAGGCAACAUAUCUUCGAACCAGGCCUCACAGAGGCGUCUUGCCAUUCAGUGAACCCCUGGAGGCAGAUGCUGUGGACUCUACCCGAAAAGGUACGAGUCCCCCUGGAUCCCUUUGGCAAUGCGUUUGCCAGGCGGCAAUUCAUUCUUGGCUGUGUUCUUGCGCGUGAGGCAUAGAUGUAGGGGAGGAGUGAUGAUGAAGGGUCAUUUGGCUCCUGCGAAGCCCUUUCGACUCUUGAUUGCAUCCUUUCCUAUUUGUGCCUGAUGUACAGAGUAGUUUUCUGUAAUUAGAGGUACAUAUGAGAGACGGAAAUUUAACCAAGUUGGACUCGUGUUUAACAAUCUUGUGUAUUAUGUUUGUCACCUUCAUUUUGAACUGUGCUUGGAAUUUCAAUUGUUUUCGUUUUUUCUG